AAUUUUGCCUUUGAAGGAUACAGCUGUAAUUUCCGAAAAAGCGCACACACAGCCGCGUCGACACUCGCUCGAAACGUCACCGUAUUCCCCUCCCUCGCCCAACCGGAAAAUUUUCCGUUAAAAUAUUUUAGAUUUAAAAACCCCACUCACUGUUUUCUCGAAUUCCUGAUGUUGCAAAUCUGAUAUUUACGCCAAACUGCUAUUCUGCUUCUCCAUGCUUAUGAUUGUUCCUGCAAAUUCCAUUAUUAAGUUUGAAUUAAUUUCUGUGUACAUAUUAUCUCGCAUUCUAUGGUCUCAUAUACAAACGAGUCUGUACAGAUACCAGUCCAAACCCUAAUUAUUCGAUCAAACCUCAGAAAUUUUGAGUUUCUUCAUCUUCUCAAAGUAAAACCCUCAAUUCUCAAAUUCACAAAUUGGUUCUUCAUCAAUGUCGAUUGCGGAUCAAGAAGAUGAGGAUUUGAAGAUGGCGCUGCGACUGAGCAUGCAGCAACACGAGUCGCCUGAGCCGAAGCGGAGCAAGUCCAAGGAGGACUCCGGCGCAGAAGGGUCGCCGGAGGAGUCUCCGGAGGCGAAGAACAGGCAGGUGCAACGGGAAAUAAUGGCUGCUGCUGCUGAGAAGCGGAUGGCUGCCGCCUCGAGCGUGGAAGUUGUGGAGGAUGUGUAUAUGGUGGGUCCAGAUGAUGAGGCUAAAGGGAAAGGCUUGAGCUUGGAUGAAGGUGAGGCCAAAAAUAGAGAUUCAGGGAUGGAGCUACCGGUUGCGGAGGCUAACCAGCUUUUCUCGAUGAUUUUCGGUGAAGGAGUUAGUAAAGAGGUGCUUGCACAAUGGUGCAAUCAGGGAAUUAGGUUUAGUUUGGAUCCUGAAACAUCUAUGGGGCUAGUACAGCAAGAAGGUGGGCCCUGUGGCGUCUUAGCAGCUAUACAAGGUUUUGUACUCAAAUAUCUUUUAUUUUCUCCGGAGGAAACCGGUAAUGUUGUGCCAAAUAAUUUCUCGAAUUUGGCUAUUAGAAGGGAGUCAAAUUAUGUGCCCGUUGCAGCAGAUAUGUUCUCAUCGCUUUCAGAGGGAAAAAAGUCUAGAGCCUUAGUGAGGAGUAUGAGCGAAAUACUCUUUCUAUGUGGAGGCAAUAAAGAAGCAGUAAUAGCAUCUUUGAAUAUUCUUGGUGAUGAAACCGCAAGGGCUGCACAGGGCUCAGAGGAUGAGGUCAUUGCAAAGUUACUUGGAGGUCUUUCGGUUGAAUCCGGGUCUCACUUACAGAAAGUUCUGAGAGUUAAUACUUGCACUUCUCGAUCAAGAGCAAUUCAAGUGCUUGAAGCUCUGCUUCCUGUUUUCCGAAGUCGCUUUGGAGCAUUGCUCUUCUUAAUAUCCGCAUUAUUAUCUCGAGGACUGCACACUGUUCAAGAGGACAGGGAUGACCCAAGUCAACCAUUAGUGACUGCUCCUUUUGGGCAUGCAUCUCAGGAAAUUGUGAACUUAUUGCUCUCUGGGAAUGCUGUUGCUAAUGUGUUCGACGGGGAGAUGGACUUGGGGGGUGGCAUGUUCGUGAAAGGCAUUUCAACGACAGUACAAGUUGGAUUCCUCACGCUGUUGGAGUCCCUCAACUAUUGUAAGGUUGGCCAGUAUCUUAAAUGCCCAAACUGGCCAAUAUGGGUAGUCGGAAGUGAAUCUCACUAUACAGUCUUAUUUGCUCUCGACACCAAAGUCCAGGAGGAGAAUGAGCUUGAGAAUAGAGAAUCACAGAUUCGGAAAGCUUUUGAUGCUCAUGAUCAAAGUGGUGGCGGUGGCUUCAUAAGUGUUGAAGCAUUCCAUCAAAUUAUCAAGGAAUUGAGGAUUAACCUUGCACGUGAGAAGGUCGAGCAGCUUUGUAGUACAGAUUUCAUCGUAUGGAACGAGUUGUGGCAGGCUCUACUGGAUCUAGACAAGAGUUUAGGUGGCCUGAAGGACCCAACUGGACUGAUGGGGAAGGAGGUUUUUCAUCUUUACCAUUUUAAUGGGAUUGCAAAAUCGAGUGUGAGUGGCAGACAGGUGUCGUCUGGAAAUGAAAUCCCGAUUCAAAGACCUAGGUUAACGAAGGUGAAAGUAAGUAUUCCACCAAGGUGGACGUCUGAGGAAUUGACGGUUAGUCUACCUGUGGCCUCUACCUCAGCUACAAAUGAUUCCAACGCGACUCAAGCAUCUUGUCCUCAACACGCACCUCUGGUUGAUUGCAUUAGGACGCGGUGGCCCAGUGCUGUAUGCAACUGGGAUGGGGAUGCACCCAGCAUUGUCUGAUUUCUUGAUCGAUUUUCUUUUUUGGGAUGACAGGUGGCUCUAUUGAUCUGGGUUUGAACAUGGGCGGGGAAGGAUGGAUCUUUUCCUGUGAGCUCCAGCAUAAACUGUCUCGACAGUGAUGAUACGAUAAUGAGAAAUAUGAUAAGACAAUGAGAAAUGUAUAGAUGAGCUGAUUGAGUGAAUUUCGAUUGGCUAUUGAUGUGAAUUCCUUUUAAUUUUUCCUGAUUUGAGUGAUUGUAACUUCACAUUUAUGAUGAUUUUCCAACUUGCUAGUUUCCGUGAUUAAGAGUCAA